CGGCCGCUUGCACAGAAAGUUUGCACGCGCCGUGGGAGCGAGGUUUGAGAACCUCUUGAGUUCUGGAUCGGAGAGGUUGGAACGGCUACCACGAAACACUCAUCACCCAGGAUGGAGGUCGUCGUCGAGCGGGUCCUCCCAGACUGCAGGGACCAUGUCAUAUGGCUCUCGCGCAGUGCUACCUUUCAGGGAAAGCGUUUCAAGUCGGGUUCUUGCGCAAACGUGCAACAGCAAGUGUCUCCUCUGACCAGAACGGCGGCGAAGAUCAGGGUCGGAAGUCUCUCGCAGGCGGCAGAUGUCACUUUAAGGCUAGGGCCGGAGCAGGACGGCUUGUCAUGCGCACUAACUGCUUCGGUAGCUCGCUCCUUGAAUUGCAAGGAAGGUGACACUGUCAUUGUGAACGACGUGUUCCUGGCGACAGCGGUCCCACGAGCUAAAACCGUCCAUAUGGCACUGGUUCCAAUCAAGCUGGGAGUUGCGCAGGGAAAGGGCUCAGGCCGAACAUGGGACGUGCGGCAUACUGCAAGCAGUGGAGCCGUUCUCCGACAGGCUGCCUUGGGAAACUACGUGACAGUCGGACAGCAGCUGGGCACCCUUUUGGUAGCAGAGUCGGCGUAUUCCGUUCUUCGAGUUGAGGGCUAUGGCAAGCAAGAGAGCUGCGAUGUGGACGUGGGAAUGGUUGAUCAAAACACGGUGUUCGUCGUCAAGCCGCCAACAUUCACAAUAGAGGAGCUUAGAUCAGGUCUACGACCUCGGGAGACUUGGGUGGAAGAAAUUGUGAAAGAAGUUCCAGGGACGGAGAAAGUGUCUCGCCGACUUAUCGAUAAUUUCUAUGGAUACGUGGAUAGCCUCACGGCAGUCGGAUAUCGCAAUCUCAAACACAAGCGUACGUCGGGCGUCAUUAUUCAUGGAAAACCAGGCGUGGGAAAGACAUUGUUGUCCAAGAUGCUUGCUGAACGAUCUGGUUUACCCUACAAGUACAUAAAUUGUGCGGACCUAUUCCAGUUCAGCGAAGGAGACGCUGAGGUGUACUUUCAUGACCUCUUUGACAAUAACCCUGGUGUUCUUGUUGUGCUCAUACUGGACGAUAUUGAUGCCAUUGGGUCGAAGGCCGGCAAAUCGGAGAGCAGGAUGGCUGCGAAAAUUCUUCCCAUCUUUAUGAGCAUUCUCGAUGCAAGAAACAACCCACCACAACAGCAACCGCCAGACUCUACGGCAAACAGCGACGUCACCUCGACGCCCUCAGCUGGAGGAGUAUUUGUCAUAUGUUUAACCAACCGCCUCCACACCAUCAAUCCGUCAUUACUGCGAUCAGGAAGAUUGAAUAAUGCUCUCGAGCUUGACGUGAUCAACGCACGACAAAGAUUCAGCAUCCUUCAGAAGUUAUGCGAAGCACUGCCGCUCUCACCAACCAACAAGACGGAGAUCCUAGAAGCAAUCAGCGACGUCACGCACGGCUUCGUAGGCGCCGACUUGCAGAGUUUAUGCCAUACGACCGUAUUCGUGUGGCAGCAGCGUAACCCCAGCACAGACACUCUCGCACUGGAAGACUUCCUCAGGGCGUUGGAGCUGGUCAAACCGGCUAGUUUCCAGGAACUGAGUUCUCGAGUACCCAAACGGGCGUUCACUGACUUGUACGGCAUGGGCGAAGUCAUCAAACGGAUACAGAACUCCAUUCUACAACCCUUCACGCACCUGGAGAGCUAUGCAGCAAUGGGCAUCAACCCGCCAAAAGGCGUCCUCUUACAUGGACCGCCGGGCGUGGGGAAGAGCGUGCUCAGCUAUGCGCUUGUUCAUGAGGCUGGGUUUAAUUGUGUUCAUGUUGAUGGCCCCAAAAUCCGCUCCAAAGUGAUCGGCGAGUCCGAAGCCAACAUUGCGAGGAUCUUUGCCCAGGCUCGGGCGAACGCUCCUUGUAUUUUGUUGAUUGAUCAGAUCGAUAUGCUGGUGCCUCGAAGAGGAAUGGACUCGACGAGCGAAAAUACGGGAGAGCGGAUCGUUACUUGUUUCUUAGUCGAAAUGGACGGAGUCCUUUCCAAAUCCUCCGCGGGUGGAUACAACGACACAAUCUUUAUCGUCGCAGUCACAAACCGACCGGAGAUCGUAGACCCGGCCAUCUUGCGCCCGGGCCGGCUUGAUGAGCAUAUACAUGUGGGGCCCCCGGGGUUGGAGGCGCGGAGAGAGGUUUACAGCGGGUUUUUGGCUACGAUGCCCAAUACGUUGACGGAGGAGGACGUGGAUGAGCUGUCGCGGAUCUCGGAGGGAUACACAGGUGGCGAUAUCGAAAGCAUAUGCCGCGAAGCCGCCUUAAGAAGGCUUCGAAUCGACCUGGACAGUCAGCAGAUCUCAAAACAAGAUGUACUCGACGCAAUGGGCAGCGUGCGCAAAUCGGUCGUUGUGGGUAAAUAAGACGAGAGUGGUGUAUUUUUCUCUACUCAAUACAAAGCCAAAUGAUGCCAGGAACAUAUUCGCAACGUUGGACCCAAGAGGGUCAAAGGGAUCUGGCGAUAUGCUACGGAACCCUAUCUGAAGACCAAAAUUUCCACCUCA